CACAAUGAGUAAGACGUCACUCUUUGAUUAGACGAUCUUUGACGGAAACAGUUUUGAACAUGGCGAACGCGGCGGCGAAGCGUGAAAAUCUCACCAUUGAUAAUGAAAAUGCAUCAGUGGAAGCUAAAAGAGUGAAAGCUGACGAUGAGGAUGAAGGGAAGGACGAGAAAGUGUCUGACAGUGAAGAUAUUCUUUCAAGAUUCAAGACAUCCAGCGUUUUAAAUGACUCUGCGCGGGAGAAAAUCGCUUUUAUCCACGGGAAGAUUGAUGACCAGGAUGCUGUGGUCAUUGUGGAGAAGACUCCAUUCAGAGAAGAAACACUCACCGAGCUCCUCACUGGUUCCAAACUCAAGCUUGAGAUGAGAAAUGACAUCUACAGCUCCUAUCAGCUCCAGGCUCCUCCUCACCUCAACGAGAUUAAGACCACGGUGGUGUUUCCAGCAACAGAGAAACACAUAAAGAGACACCAGCGGCAGGAGAGUUUCCUGGUAGAAGAGACGGGCGAGGAUUAUCGCUCCAUCACUCUACCUUACAUUCAGACGCAGAGUUUCAGCCUGCAGUGGGUCUAUAACAUCCUGGAGAAAAAGGCGGAGGCUGACCGGAUAGUUUUUGAUGACCCAGAUCCACAUGUUGGAUUUGUACUUCUUCCUGAUCUAAAGUGGGACCAAAAACAGCUGGAUAAUUUGUACCUUAUUGCAAUAGCGCGUCCGAGAAGCAUCCAGAGCCUCAGAGACCUGACCUCCGAGCACCUCCCUCUUCUACAAAACAUCUUCCAAAAGGGAAAGGAGGCCAUCCUGCAGCGCUACAACCUUCCAGCCAGCCAGCUGAGAGUCUACCUGCACUACCAGCCUUCCUACUACCACCUGCACGUCCAUUUCACACGUCUGGGCUACGAGGCGCCGGGCUGCGGCGUGGAGCGCGCCCACCUUCUUUCAGACGUCGUCCAGAACCUCCAAACGGAUCCAGAGUUCUACAAAACGCGGACGCUGUACUUCCCGCUGAGGGCCGACGACGGGCUGCUCGGCAAGUUCAGAGAGGCUGGAAGGAUCCAGUGAAGACCUCACAUUCAUUCAAUGGUCUGCAGGUUUAUUUUGUUUGGGGUUUUAAUCAGUUGGUUUUUGUGAAAUGUAUUUACUGUUAAAAAAUAAACUGCAGGACUAUUUUUGAGUAGUUUUGUUAAACCUUCCAUUUCAUCAAGCAAGUUUUUUAGUGUUGUUAAUGACUGAAAAACUGUAUUUCAAUAAAAAAUGUAACCAUAAA